UCUUUUUUUUUUAUUAUUAUUAUUCUUUUGCGACUUCAUCCUUUUGGUGAAAUAAACAACAAAAUAUAAAGACGAAGACGACGACGACGAUAAACUUGUUAUUCGAUAUCAAGAAUAUCAUGAUUGGGUCCAAUAAUAAUGGUGGUCUCUUAGUUCAUGGUCUUACUUCUAGUGCUAGUGCUUCAACCACUGGUAGUGGUAGUUCGUGUAAUGAAGUACCUCCUGUUGUUCUCAGUGUACCAACUAAACGUUCCAAACCUAUCAAAUUUGGUUCUUAUCUACUUCCUUACAUUUCCAAUGCAUACGCUGAAGAUGCUACUAAAUAUGAACAAGACUGUCUCCUUUUAGACAAUUUACGCCAACAAGCUAUUCAAUUACCUGAUGUCUUGACCAUUUCUACUAUCGACAGACUUUUUAUGUAUUAUUCUCAACUGGUAUUUUUGGGUACUCGAUUUCCUCUUGAUGUGGGUUUGGACUAUCCUUGGUAUCCAGCUUUUCAAACAAAAGGGAAAUUAGUGAAACGUACAAACUUGAAUUAUGAAAAAGCAAAUAUUUUAUUCACUAUUGGUGCUGUAUAUAGUCAACUUGGAUCAACUGAAACUCGAAUAUCUACUGAAGGGAUUCGAAAAGCAUGUAGUUAUUAUCAGUACGCAGCCGGCUGUUUCAAGUAUAUUGCUCGUGAAAUCAUUCCUGACUUGCGAUCCACUCCUCCUGGUGAUGUAGCGGUACCGACACUUCAAGUUUUGAUCUCUCUUAUGUUGGCUCAAGCUCAAGAAUGUAUGUGGCAAAAAGCAGUGAUGGAACACAUGAAGCAUGGCACUAUUGCAAGACUAGCGAUCAAAGUGGCGGACUUUUUCGAUAGUAUAUUAAAAGAAGACAAGACAACUACUGAUGAACUUCCAGCUGAUUGGUUGAAACAUGCUCAUAUUAAAGCAUCCUACUUUUUGGCUGUGGCACAGUAUCACAAGGCAAAUGAAUGUAUUUCCAUGUCCAAGUAUGGAGAAGAAAUCGCUCGAUUACGAAUCGCUAAAGAAGAAACAACUAAAGCAUUGGAUGCAAUCUCGACUUCUUUAUUAACCAAUAACAAUAGUUAUACAUUGACCGGUGGAUUUGGUUUAAUGGCUUUAUUAAGCUCAGCACCCUCAGCAUUGACAGGCAUGAUUCAACCUCAAUCUGGAUUUGUGGAUGAAGUACGUAAUCUAAUGACAUCUAUUGACCGUGAUUUACUUCGUGCAGAAAAGGAUAACAAUGUGGUUUACCUAGAAUCUGUACCUGAUCCUGUUCAAUUGGCUCCUAUUCUACGCUCUGAUAUGGUUAAACCUGCCAUCCCCUCUGAUUUAUUGGAACCUGCUUACUGGAAACGCAACCCUAAUGUUGAUCCCAAUCGUCCUCUAUUUGAAAGUUUAGUCCCUUUUGCCGUACAUCAAGCCGCUAGUGUUUAUGCAGAUAAGAAAGAAUGGGUUGUCGAUCAUGAUAUUGUUUCUAAAUGCAAGGAAUUACAACGUGAAUACAAAUCAUUAUUGGAUCAACUCAAUUUACCAGUGGCGUUGGAUAUGGUGGAUCCUGAUCAUUUACCUCAAUCUUUACUCUCAUGUGCGGAAGAAGUUCAACAUGACGGUGGUGCUCAAGCUCUUAGAGAUAUGCUAUCCAAGAUUCAAAAAAUGUCCAUGAAGAAUGCUGAUUUGGUAGAAGAAGGAUUCAAUACUUUGGAAGAAGAAAAUGAAAGCGAUGAUAUCUUACGAAGACAAUAUGGUAGCUUGUGGACGAGACCACCUUCACAACAAUUGACUGGGUCACUUUUAGCACAAGGAGCACAAUAUCAUGAUACACUCCAAGCAGCAAUGAAGGCGGAUAGAAUUGUUAGAGCCAAAGUGACAAAUUGGGGAAAGGCCAUUGAUGUAUUAUCUCAACCAAUUGAAGAACUUUUGAAAACACUACCAAAUAUCAACAAUAAAGAUGAUACAUUUGAACAACAAGAACAAUGUAUGGAAUUGAUUCAACGAUUACGGAAUUUAUUACAAGAGGCACAGGAAGAAUCCAAGGCACAAAUACAAUUGAUGGAAGAUGCUCAAGCGUUGGCGGCAUCAGAUGAGAUUUCAACACAACUAUUAGCUAAAGCGGACGAAUUGACGGGUGGAUCUCCUAUUGUCAAGAUUGAACCAGAACAAUUUACGGAUGUAUUCAAUCGGGAACUUAAGAAAUAUGAAACCAUGCAAGGUACAGCACUUCAGUUAGUCAAUAGUCAAUCGGAUCGAAAAAUCAAAUUGGAACAAGUUUAUGGACAAUUCUCCUUGGUGAUCAAUGCAAACCCUAUAGCUGCCAAACGUGAAAAGGCCAUCUCUAAUUUGGAACAAGCUUUUACGAAAUUCAAGGAAAUACGAACGAAUUUGGUAGAAGGCAUCAAAUUUUAUUCUCAAUAUACUGAUACCCUGACACAAUUUCGAGAUGAUUGUAAUGACUUUGCUUUGGCUAGGAAAAUGGAAGCUUCCGAACUAUCAAGGAACAGCGGAGCUAUUGUACGGCGUAAAUGAAUGAUCACCUGCUUUCAUGACUCUAUCUCUCAUUGAAAUUACGUAAACUUGUCUUUUUUUUUUUUCUUUACUUUCUUUUAUUUAUUUUUAUUUUUUCCUUAUCUCCUUUUCUCUUUCUUUCUUUCUUUCUUUCUUUCUUUCUUUCUUUCUUUUUU